UCCUAGGAGGGGCGCGGUUGUAGGAGACCCAGGCAGGGUGUCUGAUGUGCGUGAGUUGCUCUGGCCGAAUAGUCGACGUGAUUAUUCUGAGCACUCACAUUUUGUUAGCUGCUGUUGUAUUUGUUGUGUAUGUAAUAACGUGCGGCUGGAGCUUUGACAAUUCUCUAGGGCCUCCAUUGCUCAGUUAACUCAUUUGUGCAAUGGAAGAGGGAAGAGGCUGUACUAGCUAGCCACCAAGGCCCUUUCCUGGCUCUAACAUUCCCCAGGUCCCCAGUUAUUACUUAUUAUGUAUUCAUUUGUUAUUUGUUAUGUAUAAGCAUGACAGUAUCCUGAAGCCAUCGAAGGCUGUGUGACGGUGGAAGGUCUGGGACAAAUUUAAGAAGAGCGAGGUGAGCUGGAGCUGAGAGGGGUGGGCACGCAGGCUACACAGGAAAUGUCACCUCUUUGGAGAGUUUGUGAGGGCAUGGUCGGGAAUGAAAGGCUCACCAGCCAUAGCGAAGGAAAUUCUGUCAUCACCUCUCCCUGAACACGCCCUACUCCCCUCAUUUUCCAUUCCCCAUUUGCCAUUGUUGAUGGCAUCUAGAAAGAUGGAGAGGUUCCUGCUCUCCUGGCUUUACAGACAUACAGGAUGGUAGUGCAGGCGAGAGGUUAUCUGUUUUGGCCUUAUUUGAAAAAUGAAAAAAAAUUUUUUUGAGUCUGAGAAGGUGACUGACCAAGAUCAUGCAGUUUGUUGGUGGCAGAACCAUGGUUAAAAGUCAGGUCUGCAAAUUCGCAGGCCAUGGCUCAUUUUGUCACUGUUAAUUAAGUCAAAGAUAGUUUCUUAUUAAAAGAUCUUUUGAAAGUUGUAAGAAACAAACAUUAAACAUUUAUCUUUUAUUUUGCCUUAAACACCCCCAUCUCUUUUUUCCAGAGGUUUCUUGGAUUUUCUGACCUCAGGGGAUUAAUAGUGUUAAUAGGAAAAUAGAUUAACAAUGUGGCUUGAGAUUUUUAAUUUUUAAUUUUUCCCACAUCAGUUCUGAAAACGCCAUAGUGUUUCCUCCUUUAGGUUACUGUUAAAUGUUAAACUCAUCUUCUCAUGUUUUUAAUUUUUCUGUGUCACAGAACCUAAAUUGGUAAUAAAUCAAUAAGAAACAAAUGUUUACAUUCACUCAGUGAAAAGUAUCAUGUCUAAGCUCAACAUAUAUCGGAGCCACACAUGGACACCUCUCCCUCCUUCACUAAGAGCAGAAAAUGAACAGAUCCCAGGAACAAGUGUCAUUCAAAGAUGUAUGUGUGGACUUCACUCAGGAAGAGUGGUAUCUGCUGGAUCCUGCUCAGAAGAUACUAUACAGAGAUGUGAUUCUAGAAAAUUACAGCCAUUUUGUCUCAGUUGGAUAUUGCAUUACUAAGCCAGAAGUGGUCUUCAAGAUAGAGCAAGGAGAAGAGCCCUGGAUAUUAGAGGCAGGAUUCCAAAGCCACUGCCACCAAGACUGGAAAGUUGAUGACCUGAUAGAGAGCAGCCAGGACAAUGAAGAUGAACAUUUUUGGCAACUGGCUUUCACUACCAACAAAACAUUAAAUAUAGAUAGUUGUGAUAGAGUAAGAAAAGCUUUCAAUCUGGGCACAGAUUCUGUUCCUUCAAGGAAUUUUCCAUAUAAGAUAUGUGACUCAUGUGAAAUGAGUUUGAAAAAUAUUUCAGGCGUAAUUAUUAGUAGAAAGAGCUAUUCUGGAAAGAAGCCUGAUGAGCUUAAUGUAUAUGAGAAAUUGCUCCUUGAUAUUAAGCAUGAGAAAACUCCUGGAGGGAAAUCUUAUAGAUAUAAUCAAAAAAGGAAUGUGCUCAGUCAUAGCCACAAUCCCAGUCAGCCAAUUUUUGACCAGCCUUCUGAGUAUAAUGAAAAUGGACAAGCCUUCCAUGAGGAAGCGGCCUUUUUCACAAACAAGAAAAUACAGAUAGGAGAGACACUCUGUAAAUAUAAUGCAUGUGGAAGAACCUUCAUCCACAGUUUAGAGCUCAGUUUAUCUCAGAGAACUCAUUUGGAGAUGGAGCCAUAUGAAUGCAAUAUUUGUGGGAAGUCCUUUUACACAGAUUUAAGACUGGGACAUCAGAGAACUCUUACAGGACAGACUCCUUAUGAAUACAAUGAAUAUGGGCAAACCUUCUGUGAUAACUCAACUUUCAUUAUCCAUCAGGGAGCCUAUGCAAGAAAGAUUCCCCAUGAGUAUAAAGUAGGUCCUAAAACCUGGGAAAAGUCAACCCUUUUUAAACAUCAAAUAGUACACAUGGGCAAAAAACCUUAUGAGCACAGUGAAAAUGGAAAUAACUUCAACAAGAAAUCACAUCUCACCCAACUUCGAAGAGGUCAUUCAGGAGAAAAAACCUUUGAAUGUGGUGAAUGUGGGAAGACAUUCUGGGAGAAGUCAAACCUCACUCAACAUCAAAGAACACACACAGGAGAGAAGCCCUAUGAAUGUACUGAGUGUGGGAAAUCCUUUUGUCAGAAACCACACCUUACCAACCAUCAGCGAACACAUACAGGAGAAAAACCCUAUGAAUGUAAGCAAUGUGGAAAAACGUUCUGUGUGAAGUCAAACCUCACAGAACAUCAGAGAACACACACAGGGGAGAAACCAUACGAAUGUAAUACAUGUGGGAAAUCCUUCUGCCACAGGUCAGCCCUAACUGUCCAUCAGAGAACACACACAGGAGAGAAACCCUUCAUGUGUAGUGAAUGUGGGAAGUCCUUCUGUGUGAAGUCAAACCUCAUUGUACAUCAAAGAACUCACACAGGGGAGAAACCCUAUAAAUGUAACGAGUGUGGGAAAACCUUCUGUGAAAAAUCAGCUCUCACUAAACAUCAGAGAACUCACACAGGGGAGAAGCCCUAUGAGUGUGAUGGAUGUGGGAAAACCUUCAGUCAGAGGUCAGUACUUACAAAACAUCAGAGAAUUCACACAAGGGUGAAAGCUCUUUCAACAUCCUGAUGUCCAGAAGCCUUCACCUGCUCUUUCAAGUUAUUAUACCAUUUUUAAAAAAUGAGAUGAAGCCCAAAGAAUGCCUCACAUUACUAGAAAGCAAUGUCUUAUCAUACUUCAAAUAAUACUAGCAUAAAACCAUACUGAUAUUUUGAAUAUGUGAAAGCUCUGAAGAAAAACUGAAACUUUUAAUCAGAAAAUUUAUAUUGAGGGGAAAUUUCUUCACUUAAGAAAUGUGAUACAACUCUUUGUCUAGAAUUUAUGUUGUGUCAUAUUCCAAAUGUGAUACCAAAUUUUAUUGUAAAUAUGGUGGAUGGUAUUCAUUCAUACCUAUAUUCAAGUGGAAUCUGAAGUUUAAAAAAAGUUGAAUCACAACAACAUUAAACAAUUAUGAAAAGUCCCUGAUGUUUGCAGGCCUGAUGUGGGUAUAGUAAUAUAGCAGAAAUUAGAUGUAUGCUUGAUUUGCAUAUUGUAGUCCAACAGACUUAUGAAGAGAAAAUAUCUUUUAAUUAGAGAGCUAUUAUGGUCUAUAUUAGUAUCUUCCACACUAAAUACCACCAGUGUCUUUAUAAGUUGCCAUAAUUAUAUAUGUAUAUAUAGUGUAUAUGUAAAUGUAUUUAUACACACAUACCCCACACGUAUGUAGUGGUGUGUUAAGAGUAAGCUCACACUGGCUUGCAACUGCCAAUGGUUAAAUUUUCAGGAAUUUUGUGAGCCAGUACUUAAACAGUCAUUAUUUAAAAAUUAAAUUAUAUUAAAAACAAAGGUAAUAAAUUCUCAGCACUUAUCAAUUCCUAAUUAUUUUAUAACAUUUUGUUCUUUGUUCUUUAGGUCACUUUUAUUACUGAGUCAUAUGGUAAAAAUACCAUCUAAUGUGCUACUGCCCAUCUCUUCCCAACUCUGCACUCAGUGUCGUCCUGUGGGUAGCCUGCUGUAGUGGGAGUGUUUACACCCUGGAAAUUGGCAAACUGUACAAACCGGGGUUCUUAUUUUCUCAGAGAACCUGUUGUUAAAUAUUUACCAGCACACGACUGUGUAUAUAUGAAAAUACAUCUGAACAAUUUGAAGUACAGACUACGUACACCCCUCUCUCAUAUCCUGACAUAAAUAAAUGGCUAUGGCCAUUAUUGUUGAACUGCCUCUUCAGUAAAGAACCCCAAAUUUGUUUUUGUGAGGUUUUUAAACUACCUCUGCAUCAGUCUUAAUUGUAAAUACUACCUGAGUCUCUUUAUAGUUUGGCCAGUAUAUGUUAUUUUACGACCUCACCACCAACCUUCCGUCUGACGUUGCCGGCAAAUAAGAUUUAGUAUGGCCAUCGUUACUGAUCUACUACUACUUCCCAAAGAAGCCAAAUAAUAUUUUUCUGAGGUUUUUCAGUUGCCUCUGGGUCAGUCUAUGUUGUUGUAAGUACU